AUGGGAGUGCGAAUUCACGCCACCACCUCUGCCCUGGUGUACUUCAUCCAGCUUCCUGGGGCAAGAUGUGAAGAGAACUGUGUCAAUCCUGAACAUUGCCUGACCACAGACUGGGUACAUCUCUGGUAUAUAUGGUUGCUGGUGGUGAUUGGUGCGCUGCUUCUCCUGUGCGGCCUGACUUCAGUGUGCUUGCGCUGCUGCUGUCUGAGUCACCAGCAAAAUGGGGAAGACCGGGGCCCACCACCCUUCGAAGUGACAGUCAUCGCUUUUGAUCAUGACAGCACUCUCCAAAGCACCAUCACUUCCCUGCAGUCAGUGUUCGGCCCUGCAGCUCGAAGAAUCCUGGCUGUAGCUCAUUCCCACAGCUCCCUGGGCCAGUUGUCUUCCUCUUUGGACACCCUCCCAGGAUAUGAAGAAGCUCUUCACAUGAGUCGCUUCACCGUAGGAACGUGUGGGCAGAAAGCAUCUGAGCUACCCCCAGUGCCAGAGGAAAAGCAGCUGACUCCAAGGGAAGAGUCUCCUCGAAUAGAACAUUCUUCUAGUUGACGGGAACUUUGGUUUUAUUAACGGGCGCAGGGAUAUCUCCAGAGCCUGUAGAGAUCCACAGACCUGUGGGACAUUUCCUUUUCUAACUUUCAGAAGGUUUAGGAUGGCAUCUAAACAUCAUUCUGUGAAAAAGAUGGGUUAUCACUCUUCAUUCCCAACCACGUAUCUUUUCUCUUUUCAAAUGUUCUCAUCAGGAACUCACAGUCAUUGUCCAAUGGCCAAAAUUUGCAGCUAACCUUUAACCGAGCUGAUUACUGUCACACCAAGAAAGCAUCAAAGGCGUCUCAGAUACCUUCCUCUAUGCCGUGCGUAUGAAGCACAUUUACCCUUGUGAUGCUGCAAGUUGCUUCUCUCUCUACCGGCUAACAGAUAGUGGUACACCUCAGGAGAAGGACCGCAGUGUAGGUCCAACCAGCAACAGGAAUGCACCGACUCCAUAUGCCCUUCCUCCGGAGAGAACAGCCAACUUGACGCUGAAUGGGAAUGAUCAUCUCGGACAUCAUAUAAUACCCAAGUGGACAUCCAGAAUCCGGGGUGAGAUGGCCUCU